CUAGAGCUUUCUCUAUAGGUUGGGUGGGAGACGAUAUAGAAUGGGGGUGUCACUAAACAGAAGAUGUGGGAGAUUAAACAUAUCUGUGGCAGUGCUGUAUUGCAGGGUAUGCACUCCUGCCUCUUCAGGCUGUAGCAGUUAGUUGUGGGAUGAGGGCACCAAGGGUAUCUCUGUGCCAGAGACUUCAGCCAGUGUCAUCGAAAUUCCCUCUUCACAGAACUAGAGUUCCCUGAAAAGUGGUGGCUGCUGCUUCAGCUGCUGCUAGUGAUCUCUAACAGAGUCCUCUGCUCCUCGCCAUGUUCAGUUCCCAGGAUUCUUUGGUCAAACCCAUUGUGGAGUUCCCACACCACUGCCAGAGAGAGGCUCUUCUGGGCAAUCCAACAAGUCUUUCUCUGUAAAGAUAAAGCCCCCCACUGGAGAACAAAGCCAGCUAAAUGUCAAGAUUAGACUGUUGGGCACCUCAUGGGUUAAAUGAGGGUUUUGACUUCCUGCCUCUCCUGUGAGUCAUUAGAUGGUUCUCAAUCAAUUCAGGUGCAGCCUGUUACCUCCCAAAUUAGAUGGUUCUCAAUCAAUUCAGGUGCAGCCUGUUACCUCCCAAAUUUCCCCUCUUUGUGUAUAGAGGCACCUCUUUGUCUGGAAGGAAGGCUGAGAGUUUGUUUGAGUGUGAACCCUGAGGAUCGUCAUAAUUGUAGUGAGUAAAAUAGCUGCAGAUUUCCCUCUCUGGAGGCUACAAGCUUCUGAACAAGAGCUGAUCCAUGGGGGAUGACUGAGGUUAUUAAACCCCUGGAAAAGCUGCACCUGCACACAAUGUUUGCAGGCCAGGCUUCUGCGAAAAGGACCAAAGAGCAGGACCAGCAAAAGAAGAAUCUAGCUGAAACCCUCCUUGGUUGGUUGGUAGCAGAAACAUGUGCCCCGUUCCACUGGCAAACUUCCAGGUCAGAACAUCUAUGCUGCACCACCAUCUUUAAUAUCUACUGGGAACAUCUUCUGAAACUUAGCAUCUAUGCACCAUGGCAGGAACCCAAGAAUAUGCAGAGAAACGUCCUCAAUGCCUUCUCCUCCUCAAAGGAAUUAUCUUCUGCUGGAAGCUUGAUAAAGGCCGAGUCGGAAAGACAGAACUUUACUCAAAUAGGAGCUAGUAUGUCCUAUCAGACAGAGGUGAUCAUUGACUCCCAGCCACAAGCUACGGGCACCAGCUACACGCUCAAUUCCCAAGAGGACUGGAAUUCAGACCUGUGUGACUGCUGUUCUGAUAUAAAGCUGUGUCUCUGUGCUACUUUUAUACCCUGCAUCUUAGCCUGCCAUGUGGCAGAAGAGGCGGGCGAGAGCUGCUGCCUCCCAUGCCUGCCUGGCAGUCUCAUCGCCCUACGCACGGAUGUGCGAGCAAGAUACCACAUCCAGGGCUCUAUUUGCGAGGACUGGGUAGUGAUGACUUGCUGUCCACUCUGUGGUCUCUGUCAACUUUCAAGACAACUGAACAAGAGAUGAAACAGAAGGGAAGGCAGAAAACGUUCAUUCCUGCAGCAGGAGAUACACUGGCUGGAUAAAGGAGUUAUGCAGUUUCUGAACAGCAGAAGUAUAUUAUUGCAAGGCAAGACAUCUUUUACGUUUGCAGGAGGAACAUAAAAGAGGUGGGUGGGACCUCCUUGCUUAGUCCCUGUUAUCAGCCCACCUUUAAAUCUAAUAAAAUAAUGUCACAAUCCUG